AUGGACGUGCAGAUUAGGGCAAAAUCAGAAGCGAGGAAAUCGACAGAAACAGAAUGCCAACCGGAGAUACAGCCAUUUCAAGCCAAAUCAACGGCGGUUAAACUGGCCCUUGCUAAACAACGACAAGAAUGGGCUCUCCCAGCGAGCAUCGGAAAAUACUCAAAGGCUAUCGACAUUGCACUUCCAGGAAAGCACACAAGAAGUCUGUACGAUAGACUAAAUCGGAAAGAGGCAGAGACUCUAGCUCAACUGCGGACAGGCAUGACAAGGCUCAACAGCUAUCUAAAUAGGAUAGGCGCAGUAGACUCUGAUCUUUGUGCUUGUGGCCAAGCAAGCGAGACUGUGGAACACUUUUUAUUCCGCUGCACGAAAUGGACAACAAAACGGGAAGACAUGAAUCAAUGCACGCAGACAAAACGAGGAAAUCUGUCCUUCUUUUUAGGCGGAAAAUCACGCUCAGACUCUGACCGAUGGCAACCGGAUAUGACGGCCGUCCAUGCAGCAAUCAAGUAUGCAAUGGCAACAAAAAGACUGGAACAGGAACCCGUAUCUGAACCUCAAUCAACACAGUGA